AUGAAAAAGGGCAUCCCAUUCAUAUGGGAUGAGGCAUGCAAGAAUGCAUUUGAGAGUAUCAAGUCAUACUUGAUGAAGCCGCCUGUGCUAACUGCUCCUGUUCAUGGCCGCCCGCUGAUCCUUUAUAUCUCCGCCCAAGACAGUUCUGUGGGAGCCUUGCUUGCUCAGGAAAAUGACAAGGGGAAGGAGAAUGCUCUCUACUAUCUCAGCAGAAUGAUGACCCCGAACGAGUUAAAGUACUCCCCAAUUGAAAAGCUAUGUUUGGCACUUGUGUUCUCUAUCAAAAAACUUAAGCACUACUUCGAGGCUCAUACCAUCCGGCUUGUUUCCAAAGCGAACCCGAUGAAAUAUGUUAUGGCGAAGGUCGUUCUCUCCGACCGCCUCGCAAGGUGGUACUUAUUGUUUCAACAGUUUGAAAUUAUAUAUGUGCAGCAAAAGUCUGUAAAGGGGCAAGCCUUGGCCGAUUUCCUAGCAGACCACCCAAUACCUGCUGAGUGGGAGUUGUCUGACGAUUUGCCUGAUGAAGAUGUGCUUGUCAUUGAAAUACUACCCCUAUGGAAGAUGUACUUUGAUGGAGCUUCACAUAGAGAAGGGGCAGGUGCUGGAGUUGUCUUCGUCACUCUAGAAGGUGAGGUGUUGCCAUAUUCAUUUACCUUGACCGAGCAAUGUUCAAACAACGUUGCUGAGUAUCAAGCAUUGAUACUCGGGCUCGAAAUAGCGGCUGACAUGAAGCAACUGAGAAUUAACAUUUAUGGAGAUUCAAAGUUGAUCAUAAACCAAGUGUUGGGUCUAUAUGAAGUGAAAAAGGCGGAGUUAGUCCCAUAUAACAACUAUGCAAAGAUACUCAUGCAAUGGUUAGGGGACGUCACAAUUGAACAUGUACCGAGGAAAGAAAACAAACAGGCUGACGCCUUAGCUGCAUUGGCUUCAACUAUUGCUCAUCCUGCAACCCGAGUGCGAGUAUGUCAAAAGUGGGUAGUUCCACCAAUCUUCAAUGAAGACGGCUCAGUGGAUGAAACUGUUGAACUCCCUACUGCCUCAGUGUAUGAUAUUGGCAAAGACGACUGGAGGCAAUCGCUAAUUGACUACCUCGUUGAUGGAAAGUUACCCGAAGAUCCUUGUAAGAGGGUGGAUAUAAAGCGUCGAGCUCCUCGCUUCAUCUACUAUAAAGAGACGUUGUAUCGUCGUUCAUUUGAGGGAGUCUUUCUCCGAUGUCUAGGGGAAGAGGAAUCUUUACAAGCUAUGCAAGAAGCUCAUUCUGGGGUUUGCGGAUUGCAUAGACUAUGCUCGAAGAUGUUGAGCUUGUCAAUAUCAUGCAAACUUUAUCCAUCAGCCACCAGAACCUUACACCCAACAGUUGCAUCUUGGCCAUUCGAUGCUUGGGGACUUGAUGUGGUUGGCCCAAUUACGCCUAAGUCAUCUGCAGGGCAUGCCUACAUACUAGCUGCCACCGAUUACUUUUCAAAAUGGGCUGAAGCCAUGGCAUUGAAGGAGGUGAAGAAAGAAAAUGUUGCAAACUUUCUCCAUGUCCACAUCGUCUAUCGAUUUGGUAUCCCGCGAUAUAUCUUAACAGAUAACGGGAAGCCCUUUGACAACAAGUUGAUGGACAAGAUCUGCAAGCUUUUUGACUUUAAGCAGCGAAACUCAUCAGCUUACUAUGCAGCUGCAAAUGCGCUUGCAGAAGCUUUUAACAAGACCCUAUGCAAUUUGUUGAAGAAAGUGGUCUCAAAAUCGAAAAGAGACUGGCAUGACAGAAUGGAAGAAGCUUUGUGGGCGUAUAGAACCACAUACCGCACACCUACUCAAAGCACUCCAUACUCUUUGGUGAAUGGUGUAGAAGCGGUCUUGCCUCUAGAGCGCCAAAUACCUUCCUUGAGGUUGGCCAUACAGGAGGGUCUUACCGAUGAAGAAAAUGCUAAACUACGCUUGGCUGAGCUAGAAGCCUUGGAUGAAAAACGUCUGCAAGCGCAACAAAGCUUGGAGUGCUAUCAAGCUCGUAUGUCUAGAGCUUUUAACAAAAGGGUAAGGACCCGUUCCUUUCAAAUUGGGGACAAAGUCCUAGCUAUUCGCAGGCCCAUCAUCGUCACGAGAAAAACCGGUCACAAGUUCACUUCAAGGUGGGAUGGUCCCUACGUGAUUUUAGAAGUUUACACCGGUGGGGCUUACAAGCUGAUUAGUGAAGAUGGUUUGAAGAUCGGUCCAAUUAAUAGAAGGUUCCUAAAGCUUUACCACCCUUAA